UUCAUCUCGCUCAAAACUCGUGAGCGCCUCACUCCAGGAAGAAGAGUUAACUGUUUUGGGCAUCGAGACCAGCUGUGACGACACUGCUGCAGCAGUGUUAACAAUGAAGUUGUUGUUAAAAGAGCUAGACCGGUGAUGAUAGGUUCGAAGCAAUGGUGAAAUUCUCAGCCAAGUGGUGUCUUCUCAGGUAUGUCUAAACGUGUUUCGCCUAUGCGAUAAGUGGUAAUUUGGUUCCCAUUAACAUCUACUCUUCCUAUAUCUUGAUGAUCAGAAUGCCUUAACUAGAUUCUGAGAGUAUGGAUUUCUUAAUACUCAACUUAUAAUGCUUGAAUCUGUUUACAUUUGGUAUAUUCUUAUUAAGAAUUAAAUUAGGAGCUAGGCAGUUUAUUUGUUAGGGAGAUUUAACCGAGUCCUGUCUUGAAUUUUGGCAGCUAACACCUAUCCAACAUGUUGCAAUCUCAAAACUCUAAAUAUGUAAGAUAGUAAGUUUAUUCGUUAUUUUGUAGACAUUUUUCUAUAUAUUGAUAAGCCACAGCCCAACUAGAUAUCCAGCUGAUUCAACUGACAAUAAAGCUUGAACAUUGGUGUAGACUAGUAGUUGGAAUCAUUCAUAAGUUUUAAUAAAUGUGACUGUGAUUACAAUGUUGGAUGAAUGAUUUUCAGCCUUAGCAUUGCAUUCCUUCUUCUUGAUGGAGUGUGGCAGUGAUAAUCCGACUUGAAUCGAUUUGGUAUCACCAUUGGUGCUUAUUGACUCUUAGUGCUGCACACCCUUUUAGUGUUUCAAUUUUAUUCGUAAUGAUAUGUUUGCUUAAUUUCACCCCCAUUAAGGCAGAUCUGCUUGAGCGAUAUGGAGGAGUUGCUCCUAAAAUGGCAGAAGAAGCUCAUUUGCUGGCGAUAGAUCAGGUCGUGCAAGAUGCUCUGGAUAAAGCUAACAUUACUGAGGAAGAUCUUUCUGCAGUUGCUGUCACAAUUGGUCCUGGGCUAAGCCUAUGUCUACGCGUUGGUGUGAGUAAAGCUCGGAAACUUGCUGGUACUCAUAUUUUACCAAUUGUCGGUGUUCAUCACAUGGAAGCUCAUGCUUUGGUAGCCCGGUUAGUGCAAAGGGACUUACAGUUUCCUUUCAUGGCCUUGCUGAUCUCAGGAGGCCAUAAUCUUCUUAUUCUUGCUCGUGAUCUUGGCCAUUAUAUUCAACUGGGUACCACGAUCGAUGAUGCAAUUGGCGAGGCUUACGACAAGACAGCAAAAUGGCUUGGCCUUGACAUGAAGAAGAGUGGUGGCCCAGCAGUGGAGGAGCUGGCUCGGGAGGGCGACGAGAACUCCAUCAAAUUCAAGGUCCCGAUGAAACAGCAUAAAGACUGCAACUUCUCGUAUGCAGGUCUCAAGACUCAAGUGAGGCUGGCAAUCGAAUCCAAAAAAAUUGAUGCUGCAACUCCUGUUGCUUCAGCAAGUGUCGAAGACAGAAGGGCCCGGGCCGAUAUUGCUGCCUCUUUUCAGCGAGUCGCGGUAUUACAUUUAGAAGAGAAAUGCAAACGGGCAAUCAAUUGGGCGUUCAAGAUCGAGCCUUCAAUAAAACAUCUGGUACUUUCAGGAGGCGUCGCAUGUAAUCAGUACGUGAGGUCACGACUAAAUACGAUAGCAGAACAGAAUCGGCUACAGCUUGUAUGUCCUCCUCCCAGCCUUUGCACUGACAAUGGAGUAAUGAUCGCUUGGACUGGGAUCGAGCACUUCCGUAUGGGCCGAUACGAUCCUCCCCCGCCUGCCUGUGAACCUGCAGAUGCUAUGCUUGAUCUUCGACCACGCUGGCCGUUGGGCGAAGAGUAUGCCGAAGGAAGAAGCGAAGCUCGUUCGCUGAAAACGGCGCGAGUUCAUCCGUCCCUCACCUCUCAAAUUCAGGCUUCCAUUCAUUGUCAUCGGCAGCCAGGCCACUUUGCACCAUGGACUAAGCCGAUAUCCGCCGUCCCUUCGCCAAAAAGAGAAGAACAAAGAAGAUCGGGAAGAACUGUCCGCCAGAGUCCGUCACCGGACGGAGGAAGAAAACCGUUGAGGUGGAGCAGGCUGCCGGAGCUGCCGUCGAGAUCUCUCCUGGAGGAUGACUGCCGCUGUUCGUCAGGAGAAGACGCUGUCAAUCUUGAAGUCGUCGGUAGUCGGAGAAAAGUUGUCGAAAUCCAUAGUCGUCGUCGGCGGUGGCUUCGAUUUCAUUUAAAGAGCGGAGCGACGAACAUUGAGUGCUUUCAUUCUAAAUUGCUUUAAAUUGAUUUACUUCCUAUUUGUUUAUGUUUGUUUUUUCU